GGUUACAACACAGGAAGAGCUUGUCCGGGAGACGAGCGUGAUCUUGUGUUUAUUGAAAAGAAAACUACCACACGAGCUACCGCAGUGGGCUUUGUAACAUCUUUACAGUUAAAUACAACUAUCUGCUCUGAGCUUCGUGUUGAGGAGAAGCUUUUGUAACGUCGCUCAGUCGCCAAGGUCAAGCAGCAGUGGAUGUGUGCAGCUCAGCCUUCAACACGUGUGGUUGUUGCAAGAAGAAAAAGCUGAGAUAUGGCUGGACUCAUAAACUUUGAAGAUGAGAACGAAGUGAAGCAGUUUUUGGAUAAUUUGGGAGUGGAGUACAGCUUCCAGUGCUACAAAGAGAAGGAUCCUGAAGGGUGCCAAAGGCUCGCCGACUACUUGGACGGGGUGAAGAAAAACUAUGAAUCUGCAGCACAAGUGCUCAAACAUAACUGUGAGACACAUGGACAUGGAGAGAGUUGCUACAAGCUGGGAGCUUAUCAUAUCACAGGCAGAGGUGGAGUUGCUGAGUGUCUAAAAAAAGCCUACUCCUGCUUUAUGCAGUCCUGCAACACUGGAGGAAAGAAGUCUGUAGACGCCUGCCACAAUGUCGGUCUGUUAGCGCACGACGGACGAGCUUUGGAUGGACAACCCGACCUGACGGCGGCCCGGCAGUACUAUGAGAAGGCCUGCGCUGGAGGCUUCGCUCCCUCCUGCUUUAACCUCAGUGCUUUGUUCAUUGAGGGCAAUGCCAAAGGUCUGGCGCCAGAUAUGACUCUAGCCCUGAAGUACGCUAACAGGGCCUGCGAGCUGGGACAUGUGUGGGGCUGCGCUAAUGCAAGCCGGAUGUACAAACUCGGGGACGGUACAGAAAAGGACGAGAAGAAGGCAGAGGAGCUGAAGAAUCGAGCGAGGGAGCUGCAUGGUUCGGUGAAGGAAAAACAGCUGAAAUUUGGCGAGUGAUCACGAAACGCUCGAUUGAAUUAUCAUUGUUUUGGUGUAUCUACACGUGGUGCUAAAAAAAGUUCACUGUGUUCAAAGGUUGGAAAUGAUGUGUUGUUAGAUGGUAAAGUUCAGGGAGCAGAAUACAUUUGUGUAAGUAGAUUUAACCCAUAUGAAUAUAAAAAUGUAAAUAAAAAAAUAAAUGAAUUUCAAUCUCA